CUGAAAAAGCCUAUUCCUGCCCCCUUUCUCAGUCAUUUUGCAAAUGGGUUCUGCAAAUCGCGCCUAGAAUUUCUGCGUGUUCUUUAGUUGUCCGAUUGGACUGUCCAAACGGCAACAUGGACACUGACUUAUUUAUGGAGUGUGAGGAAGAGGAAUUGGAGCCAUGGCAACUGGUUGACGACGAUGUGGAGGAAGAUGACAUGAAUAUAACGGAGUGUAACGAUAACGCAAACAAUGCUGCCCUCACACCUUCUCCUGAGACUUCACGUCCCAUUGUUUCCUCUGCUACUCCAACAGCAGCACAGCAAACUGUCCUCAGUGCAGACCGCUUGUCUGUGGGGACCAUCAAAACACUGCUCUCCACUACAACGCCUUCUAUGACAGCAUCAGUGCGACCCAACCCCUCUGCUCCCCUAGUGGCAUCUGCCCCCAUGCCGGCUGUUGCCUCUCUGGUGCCAACGGGCAUCGCCCAGGGACAGCAGCUGUUCCUGACACAAACCUCAUCAGGACUGGGUACCAUACUGCUGCCCACAGGCAAGCCUGGCACCCACUCAUCCAUCAACCAGCCCAUCUUUUUGACUUCACAGGGAUUCCCAGUCCAGAAUGUGCGGCCUGCACAGAACACGAUCAACCCAAUGGGCUUUGUGUUGAACAUGCCAAAUCAGCCUUUUCAGCCUAUUACCCUGCUUGCUGGGUCACCUGGUGCCCAUGUGCUUCGACCUGUGGUAGGGGUGCCCCAGGUAAUCCCUAGGGCCCAGCCUGCCCAGGUGAGACCCCAGAUUCAGAUCCACCAAUUCAGACCCCCCACUGCUCCUGUGCAACCAAGAACCACUAUGGCCAUCAAUAUACCUACCAUCAAGCUACCUGCCACCCUCACCAUCCAUACGAGCCAAGCUGGCAAUGCCAGAAAGGUUACCUUUGCAACUACCAAUACAACGGACACCCUGUCAACUGCUGCCACCACUACCCUACACCUGAACUCACAGACACAGUCGGUUUCUAAAUCCUCUCAGCAGCUGAAGUGUCCUAGAUGUGGAAGCCAUUUCAAAAUGCAAGCAGCCCUACAAGGACACAUGUGUUUCUGCUGUCCAGACAUCGUAAACACCACUAACGCCAGUAGCACCACGGUCAACACUCUGGGGUGUCCUAGCAGGGUGGUUUCUGCAAACGCUUCCCUGGCUCCUGUCAACACUUUGAGUCCCUCGAAGUUGGUCAUGAAUGUGGAGUGCUUUUACUAUGGUACCAAGAGGGGUUAUCAUGAGCCGGGUCUCAACACCAGGAAAACCCCCAUGAAUUGCCAAGUCUGCUCCAUGACACUAAUUGAUAACGUUAGCAUGAUGAGCCACAUGUGGUGCCACUCAAAUCAGGGGUCGCAAAGGAGUCUGUCGAAUGCACUCAAGUCCUGCCAGUAUUGCUUCCGGCAGUUCUGCUCAACCAAACAGUGGAAAUGCCACUUAGACAAAGUCCACAGUCCCAUUGAAUAUCCCUGCAUAUGUAAGAUUUGUGAGUGGGUGUUUGAGAGUGAGCAUGUGUUCCUGAACCACAUGAAGGCCACCCACAAACCAGGCGAGAUGCCAUACGUCUGUCAGGUGUGCGAAUACAGCUCAUCCUUCUUCUCACAUGUGUAUAAUCACUUCCUGUUGAAUCACCGUAAGACAGUCUACUUGCUCUGUGUCUACUGCCUGAAAGCUUUCAGGAACGAGACGUCCUACCAACAACACUUUUUGCGCCACCAGAAUCACAAAGCUUUCCACUGCAACAAAUGUCGCCUCCAGUUCAUCCUCUUACAGGACCUGAUAGAGCACAAGACGCAGCACCACCGCACUGUUUGCAAGCCCAAAGAGUUGGAAGGCUUGCCAUCAGGGACUAAAGUGAUCAUCAGGGCGCGGCCUGCAAACGAGAUCCAAGUUGCCAGGAGGAACCCACUCAUGCCUAUUGAUCCUGAGUUCCCCCCUUUUCCCAUGCAAGAACCUGCCCAUCACUACAGCGCCUUGAAACUUCUGAAGUUGAAGUCACCCAAAAAAUUGCCAUUGUCCAUAGAAUCUCAGCAGGGCAAAGGCAACCCACACAAAAUAAAAUCAGUCAGCAAAAUGCUGGAUAUGCUGACUAAGUUCCAGGACAAAAGUGGCAUGCUCCUGGACCAGAGGUGUAUGGAGUGUGGAACAGGUGUGGCCAGUUUCCCCGACCACUACCCUACCUCCGUGCGGUGUUUGCUGUGCACCUACAAGACUUGCUGCUCCCGCUCCUAUGCUGACCACAUGAUUGACAACCAUGUACCUCAAACAAACGCCAAGUCCUUUCCUCUGCAUAAGAAGCCACCCCCCUGUUAUUUUAAGCUACAGUGUUGUGGGUGUGACUUUUCCUCCCCUACUGGUGACCUCAUGGCCAAGCACCUGGUCCAAAACCCAGACCACAAGAAAAGCACAUGUGAACGAAAGAAAUAUGUGGAGUUUGACAUUGGAUUCUGCCAAGACAAGGAACUAGAAAAGAAUGAAGACUUGCAGAAGCCUGCUUGGGCUUUAAUAGAACACUGGACAAAACCUCUCCCUCCUGGCGUUGACGGUGCCAUUACCAAGACCCUUAACUUCACUGUGAACUCUGGCCCUCAACAUUCCUUAUCUAAGAACAGUGACGCCAUAGACUACUUCAACUUGCUUUUCCCCAAGGAUCUCAUUGAACUCAUUGCCUACGAGACCAAUGCACACGUCAAGACUUGCCAGUUCCUUGGCUGGCAUGACCUUAACUGGAUCCCUGUCACCCCCCAUGAUAUCAAAGUCUUCAUUGGUCUAAGUAUCCUUAUGGGCCUCGAGAACCUUGCUGAACUACCACAUUAUUGGUCCUGGAAGCACAAUGCAAAAUGUGACACCUUUUUCCGAGCCAUGACAUUCAAUCGCUUUCAGCAGAUAUCUACUAACAUCUGUAUGGGAAGUCUCCUGAGUGAGGAGCAUAGUGGCAAUACCAGCAGUGAUAAGCUCCAUAUUUUCCAGCCCAUGCAUAACAUUUUGGGCCCUGCCAUGUGGAACGCCUACCAGCCCAACCAGUGCCUGUCCAUAGACCGUGCUCUGCUGCCCAGUCAUGAGGACAAAACCGGCUCCACCAAAGGGGGGGACUCCAAGGCUCCACCACAGGUGUGGCUGCUCUGCGACUCCAAGUCAGGCUACUGCCACAGGUUUCUCAUUCAGUUGAAGAAGGAGAAAAAUAUUGAUUUGGGGUUCAGUGUCGUCUCCCCACUGGUGGACGGCCUUCAUGAAAAACACCACCAACUCUUCCUGGCCAGUUCAUUGACUUCUGUGCCACUCAUGCAGAAGCUUCUAGACCAGGGCAUAUAUUCUUCAAGCUCCUUCCCCACUCAAAGUCCCAUCAUUCCCAAAGAGAUCUGGGAGCAGGGCAGACUGGAGAAGCCUGGGGACUUCCUGCAGAGGCAGUAUGGCCCCCUGUUGGCCACCCGCUGGAUGGACACCAAGGAGAUGGGCUGCCUGUCCACAAAUGCUAAGCCCGGGGAGCCGGACACGGUGUGGAGAAAGUCCCAGACCAAAGUAGGUGAACUGAGCCCCAUCAACCGGCCUCUGGCCUUCAGACUCCUCCAGGAGAACAUGAGGGGUGUGGAUAUCUGCAAGCAGCUGUUAGCCUGCAACCCACUCGGAGGCCUGCAGCACAACAAGUACUGGAAAAGUCUUUUUUGCUUCCUGGUUAAUUUGAGCAUCGUCAAUGCAUUCAUCACGCUGCGGGAGAGCCGUAAAGACAACCCACCACUGUGGGUGCAGGAUGGACUUUUCACACAGGUCGCCUUUCGCAAGCGCCUAGGAAACCAAUUAUUGAAGAGCGUCCGGAAACGCACAUGGGUCUCUGCUGAGUUUAAAGUGGAUACAGUCCAGAAGAAAAAGAGAUUGAGGGUUCAGGUGAAAACAGAAGCAUCAACACUUCAAUUAGAUGGAGACGGAAGGAAAACUGUCAGACACAGGAUGGUCAGACUCACCCCUAGGACCAGAAGGUGCCGGACCUGCCAUCUGAAGAACCUCCGCCACGAGAGCGUGUAUGGAUGCAUCAUUUGCAAAAUCAACCUUUGCAAGAGGACAUCCUGCUUCUGGGAAUACCAUGGCUACCCACCAAAUACUCAAGGAAACACAAAGGUUGGAUUUGUUGAAGAUGAAACAAGCAGAAGCAAUCAGUGGGUCACUUCAGACCAGGAGGAUGACAUAGACCUGGGAAUGGCCCCAGUUGAGGAGAUGGACUCAGAUACUGAUGAUGAUAGUCAGUUUGAGGUCAUUGGCGAGGAGACAAGUCAUCAAAGAGAAUCUAAACCUCCAUUAUUGCUGCCCAUGCCAGCAGAGCCUCCUGAUGAAACUCAAACAGAGCUGCCGGUGGUUAAAGACAAUGCAGAAGUGCUCUCAGCACGCCAGCUGAGGAUAGCUCUAUUUGCCCUAUGUAGUGGAAUAAGCCACGCCUCAGCAGAUUUCUCCACCCAACCCCAGCUCAUACAAAAAUGGCUGGCAGACAAAAGGAGGCAACUAAUGCACGAUAGCAAGGAACAAGACAGAGGUAAGGCAGCAGAGAGUCUUGUGGAAUGGGUCUUAUCCCAGCGUGAGCUGCAACAGCCUGUCAAUGAGAGGAACCUCUUCCACAAGGCCUCAGAGAUCCACAAACAGGGCGGCUUCAGCAGACCCUUUCGUAUCUCCUACGACUGGGCUGUGGGCUUCAUGCUGCAGCAUAAACUGGGUCUGCGUCCCCCAGGCAGGGCCCCUACAGUCAGCCUCAGCCUGCCACGCUCCAUGGAGAACAACAUCAGUGAUUUCACCAAGUUCACCUCGAAAAUAAUCCAUGUCCACAAGAUACCCCACACCGCCGUAGCAGCCAUGGAUGAGCUGUCUGUCUUUGUGGACUUCAAGUGGCUUGCAGACAAGACCAAGGUGGAGAAGCAUGCAGCCCUCUGUAUGGUUGGGAGUGGGGAUCCUCUGUUCACUAUUUACCUAGCUGCACUGGCAGAUGGCACUUUGCUGCCCACCUUGGUCCUCACAAAGGAGCCGCUGCCUGACUUGGUCCCAUCUAACCAUGUCAUACUGGUAGCGAAGCAAGAGUGCAUGACCAGGGAAGAUGACUUAGAUCUAUGGCUAUCUCGGGUGUGGCAGCAGCACAUGCCAGAAAAGAGCCAUAGCAAUAAAGCCAUGCUAAUCCUCGAUGGCCAUCGCGAGCACGUGUCUGACCACUUUCUGGGCACCCUCAGUGACAGCUGUACACUGCCGGCAGUUGUUCCUACCGGUUGUACCAGCCGUAUUCAGCCUUUAGAGAUGUGCAUACGACCGAUAUUGCAACGCUUCCUGAUUGCCCGCUGGGCCCAGCUGGCAACUGAGGAUGGGCUGACAGGGGCUUCAUGCAAAGAUGUCGUUCAGCUGCUGACAAAUUGGCUGGUGGAGGCUCUAUCCUGCUUAGCUGGUCAGCCUGAACUGGUCUUGAAAUCCUUCCUCAUUACUGGGCUGCUCACUGAGCAGAAGGACCAUGAGACCAUUCAGAGCCUGGAAAAUGUCCAGUCCAUGCUGUUGACUUCUCUGACAGGAGUCUUGGUGGGGCCAGAGUUGGCUGCAUUUGAGCAAGAGGAUGAAGAGGAUACACACAGUGAAGAAAGGGAUUUAGGUGGGAAGGUGGAUCAUGUCUUACCACAGCCCCUUGUGGAAACGGAUAAGGACAAAAUUGAAGUUGAGGAGGACAUGGAUGAGGAAGAUGUCGAAAAAACUGAUGAUGAAGAUGAGGAUGAGGACGAGAUGGAUGAGGAUUAGUUAAAAGUAUGACGAUAACCAUUUAUAUUGCAGUUGAGGACAAAACUGGGCGAUGAUCAUUAUAGUAAAACAAUUUGGUGAGGUCAAGUAGCUACCACACAGCCCUAACAGCGUCCACCAUAAUAAAAACAUAUUGUUUUCCUCUCCGGCUCUCCUACUCUGCAACACUUUUUUCUAACUGAAUCUGUUUCUCCAGGUAAUUGGUCAAUGUGCCAUUGGGCACCCCAAAAAACUCAAUGGACCCCAUGCAAGUCUUACAGUAUGAUUAUUUAAUGUAAUUUUGGGUCAAACGUUGGAAAUGUCCCUCAUACUUAAUCUGUUGAUGUGUGAUAAAUUAGUUCAAGCAAUAAAGUAUAUUGCUUGAACCUGGCUGUUAAUAUUUGUAGGUGCUGUAAACACUUUUAAUAAAGUAUAAUACAGUUGA